UCCAUCCUAGCUCCAGUUAUAAAUUGUUCUCUGCUCCCCCCAUCACGUUGAGAAGGAUCGGAAGAAUUACAAUAUUAUUAUUUCGACACCACUUCAACUUGGAGUUCGAUCGCACCAGCAAAAUGUUUUCGUGUUUGGCUCUUUUUACUUUCAUCGCUCUGCUUCACACAAGCUCGGCGAUAAAAUGCUACACGUGUUUGAGCAUUACAAGAGGUCAAAUUAGAACCGAACCUUCGAAUACCCGGCCCUGUGAGGGCUCAAGCAUGCAAAGCAUUGACUGUGCGAAUCAAACAUCGGGCUGUAGGAAAUUGAACGGUUACAUCGACUUCAAGAACAACGGAAAUACAACGAAAAAAACUACCUACCAUAUACUGUAUCUUGGAUGUGGUGAAGAUCCAGUGUCAGAUUGUGCGAGUCCAACCCCUACCGGGAUAGUGGAACUUCUACAAGCUGUACCGCCUGUAAAGGAUGCCUUGGAUGAAAUCAUUGGUCACAACGUUACAUCUGAUGACGUGGAUGAAGGUACAUUGUGCAGACAUGGAUGUUACUCGGAUAAUUGCAAUGGCGCCAAUUACAUCCAGAUGAGCCACGCCAUGGUUGUACUUUCUCUAUCCUCGAUCCUCUGGAAUAUGUUUUAGAAGCACAGGGGACAGCAUUUCGUGGAAAUAAAAGGGCCUUUUAAAUCAUCAUUGUAAUAAAGAUUGCUCUUGUAAUCGUGACGGUGAUUAGCGUUCGUGAUUCUAACCAUGUUCUAGUUUUGUUUCACAAGUGCUAAAUAUUCGUCAUUAGCUUUCUUUUCCACUGGAAUCACCAUUCAAAUUACGAUUUUUUUCCCGUGUGAGAGGGCGGUAUAUCGAACGGAAUUCGUAUAUCGUCUUCUUCUUUACUGCCGUAUCUUUUUUUAAAUUGUUUUUUGUUGUGUUACUUUCCAGUUUCCACUCUACUACCAUUAUUACCACAUCUUCAUUUUAUUCUUCUCAUUCUUCCCGUAUUAUUCUUCUCCCUCGUCCACUCCAUACUCCUUUUAAAUCAUUCUUCUGUUUACAAUCGCCUUCCUUCUUCUCUGUUUUCUUCUUGUAUCUCUGCUGGAAACAACACACUGUCGCACAAUGUGUUCACAGUAUGUCCACAGUGUGUUCACAAUAUAUUCACAAUGUGUUCACAGAGUGCUCACAAUAUGUUCAUAGUGUGUUUACAAUAUGUUCACAGUGAGUUCAUAGUGUGUUCACAAUAUGUUCAUAGUGUGUUCACAAUAUGUUCAUAGUGUGUUCAUAGUGUGUUCAUAG